UUGCCUCCCUGCAUCCCUCCAUCUUUGCUAUAACUGUGAAAAACCCUGGGAGUGGCAGGAAGGAGGAGAGCCAGAGUACAAAGACAAAGACAGACGAAGGAGAGGUUUCCUAAAUAUUUAAGCAGCAUCCCUCCUUUUACAACAGCAGCAUGGCCGAGGGUUCGGUGUCUAUUGCUCAGGUGGAGAGCUCCUUCCAGAAGUUUGCGAUCCAUGGAGACACAAAGGCCACGGGGAAGGAGCUUAAUGGCAAGAACUUUGCUAAGCUCUGCAAAGACUGCCAAAUCAUUGAUGGGAAGAAUGUCACCACCACAGAUGUUGACAUAGUUUUCAGCAAAGUCAAUGUGUGUUUCCUCAGGGCAAAGUCAGCUCGUGUGAUCACAUUUGAGCAGUUCAACCAGGCUCUGACUGAGUUGGCUCCAAAGCGUUUCAAAGGCAAGAGCAAAGAAGAGGCACUUCAGCAACUCUAUGGACUCGUUGUUGGGAAGGAACCCACCAAUGCUGGAGUCACUAAAGUGACAAAGGCAGCAGCAGUUGACAGACUGACAGAUACCACCAAAUACACCGGUUCACACAAGGAGCGGUUUGACGAGUCAGGAAAAGGAAAAGGAAAGGUGGGGCGCGAGGACACCCCAGACACCAGCGGUUAUGUGGCAGCAUACAAGGGCAGUGGGAGUUAUGAUGACAAAGUUAAAAAUGCUUAAUCAUCCCGAAGAACUUUGCUUGACUAACAAUACUGGCAACUCUAUUUUUGAGACAAACAGACUCGAGUUAUUAGUGUAUAGCAUGUACAACUAAUACUGCUACUUAUAUUUUCUGUUUUCAGGGACCAACGAUGAAACAUGUGUUUUGUAGCAUAACCCUGCUUUGCACUAUGUAUAAACAAUUUGCCUUACUGUGCACAUAGCCACCUCUGUAUAUGCUCUGGUAUAUCAUGCUGAAAUAUCUUAUACAAUGGAUGAUACUCCUUCACCUGCUAAGCUAAGCUUUUGCUUCAUGACAGUGCUUGUUAUUACGCUUGCCAUGGAAUUAAGUAAUAAUACAAUAAGCCAUGAAGAACAUCAAUUAAACUUUACUAAUGAAGCUGCAGUGUAGUGUGUCAUAUGAUGCAUUCUUCUUUCUUUUUUUUAUCAUGUUGUGAUUCUUAAAUGUUAUGUAUCAUGUUAUGUUGAUUUAUUUUCUUUUCAAGCUGAAUAAAAAGAUGCUGUUAAAAAUUCCAGUGACAGAAAUCAUUAUAAUAUAAUUUAUUUAAGAACUUUACAGAUUGCUUUAUUAAAUGCAUAGAAGGUUUAUAUUUUAA